GUGGGCAACCCAUCAAACUUUCUCACCUACUUGUGAUCCAAUCACUUCUCCAAAACUGCGUUAAAUUCUCAUCCCGUGUAUAUUUGCCUCUUUGCUACCGCCCGUUACCAGCUCCGAAGAAUCCUCCGAAAAAACCUAAACUCAGGAAGGAUGUCAAGUAUAAUACUGUUUGAGGAUAUUUUUCUGGUUGAUAAGGUAGACCCAGAUGGCAAAAAGUUUGACAAAGUUUCUCGCAUUGAAGCACGGAGUCAGAAUUGUGACAUGUACAUGCUACUGGAUGUGAAUGUAGAAAUAUAUCCUAUGCGUGUAGGUGACAAAUUUGCUUUGGCAUUGGCUCACACAUUAAAUCUGGAUGGAACACCAGAUUCUGGUUAUUAUACUCAGGGUGGGAGAAAAUCACUAGCUGACAAGUUUGAAUACAUUAUGCACGGGAAGCUAUACAAGAUCUCAGAUGAAGGCUCUGGGAAAACACUUAAAGCUGAGAUAUAUGUUUCAUAUGGUGGGCUUCUAAUGAUGCUGAAGGGAGAUCCUUCUUAUAUUACCCACUUCGAGCUUGAUCAGAAGCUGUUUCUCCUAAUGAGGAAGUUGUAAAACCCUGUAGGAGUAACAUGCAACACAUCUCUCUUUAACCUACAAACUUCUGCUGUUUGUUGUAAUGAGAGGUUCAUGGAUCUCGAGACCAUUCUAGGCAUUGUAAUGUAGUAUUAACUGCGGAUUCUUUAAAAUGGGGUUCAUGUUUGUCAAAAUGAAAAAGCUUUCAGUGGUUCUUUACUUUCUCCCAUGGCAUGAUCCCAUCUCACUUCUUUGGUGUUUUUCUGACCAGCAGGAUUGGGAUGCUUGUUAUUGCUUUCUUCAAAUUGGUCUAUUGAUAAACUUUCAAGUUGUGAAUCAAUUCAUCCUUUACACUGC